UUGGUUAAAUGUGCCUCUGACCAUCAAAUUUCUCAUUCAUUUCCAAAAUGGCGGACGAAGAGACGCGAAAACGUGCUAAGGACUCUUCAGAGGACAGCGCCGACGAAGGAGAAGACGGAGAAGAAGAUGUGAUUGGUCCAAUGCCAGCACCUCCUCCUAAAGCUAAGAAAAGGAGAGUCCUAGAGUUUGAGGAAGUUUACCUGUGUAACUUACCUUCUGCUGAAUCCUAUGAGAGGAGCUUUAUGCAUCGUGAUGUCGUCUCACAUAUACUUGUCACUAUAACGGAUUUUCUCAUAACGGCAAGUUGUGAUGGACACAUCAAGUUUUGGAAAAGACAAGAUGAUGGGGUUGAAUUUGUGAAGCACUUCAAAGCACAUAUGGGAAUGAUUCAUUGUAUUGCGGCAAGUGCUGACGGACAGAUCAUGUGUUCCACAGCUGAGGAUAAAUCACUGAAAGUGUUUGAUGUCGUCAACUUUGAUAUGAUCAACAUGUUAAGACUAAAUUAUGAACCUGGGCGAUGUGAAUGGAUUUUCCCACCUGGAGCUGCAGUGGCUGCUGUUGCAUGCUCAGAGAAAGAGACUGGAAUGAUUCAUGUUUAUGAUGGAAGAGGGAGCAGCACACCCCUUCACACAGUAAAUCUUCACACAAAACCAAUCACAUUUAUCAAGUACAAUGCUGUUUAUGAUGUGGCUGUGUCAGCAGAUGAGGCAGGCAUGAUUGAGUACUGGUCUGGUAUCAAACAUGAUGUACAGUUCCCCAAAAAUGUCAACUUUGAAUUUAAGACAGAUACAGACCUCUUUGAAUUUAUUAUGUGCAAGACGUUUCCCAUAUCUUUAGCAUUCUCACCAGAUGGAAAAUUAUUUGCCACGCUAGCGAUGGACAGAAAGGUAAGAGUGUUCAGAUUUUUAACUGGGAAGAAAACACGGGUAUUUGACGAGUCACUGCAAGUCUUUACAGAGAUGCAACAGCAAAAACAGCAACUUCCUGAUAUGGAAUUUGGCAGACGCAUGGCAACAGAGAGAGACCUAGAAAAGACGGAUACUUUGCGGUUCUGUAAUGUAGUAUUUGAUGAUAGUGGAUAUUUCGUGCUGUAUGCCACAAUGCUAGGAAUCAAAGUUAUCAACCUUCACACCAACAGAUGUGUAAGGACGAUAGGCAAGAUGGAAAAUGUUCGUUUUGUUCAACUCGCUCUACAUCAAGGCAAGGCCAAGAAAAGUAAAGCUGCAGUCACAAUGGAAAUGGAGGCAUCAGAAAACCCUUCGCUUCAAACUGUAGGCCCUGAUCCAAUGUUGUUUUGCACAGCAUCGAAGAAAAACAGAUUUUACAUAUUUUCAAGCAGGCAACCUGAUUUGAGGUGAGUCUUUUCCCAGCACUUACAAAUACAAAUUAGUACAUGUAUUAAAAUGUUAACAAUGACAAAGAUGAAAUUUAAGAUUCAGGUUCUAACCGAUCAAAAAUACUCAUUUCUAGAUUUAAAAAUAACGGGAGAAUUACAUUUCUCAAACGCCAGAAAAUUUUAGACUGAUGAGUAAGUAAAAUAAUUGAGAAGUAAACAUCUAGAAUAUCUACUGUAAAUAUCCCGAAUACCGCUUACCAUCAUGGUCCACGUUUGAGUUGGUGAGCACUUAUUGACCGCUUGUGCUAAUAUAUUUGGUUACCGAGUAUUCGUAUUCUAAUAAGAAACAGUUAAAGGAAUAUAAUCCGUUUGUUAAGUACCAAAAAAAAUUAUCUAGCCAGCACUUUUCUUAAGGUUUGCUCGAGAUAAAAUUGGAAUUUGCUCUUCCACUAUUGCGCCCGUCCCUACCCCCCUCG